GUGUCAAUGAGGGAAAAAAUGCUUAGCGGCUUUGGUAAAGUGGCGUCAGACACAAAGUUAGAGCACGAAGUCAACCUCUUGCAGCGCAAUAUUUACCACGUGAAGAAGGACGCGGAAUGGCGGAUAUUGAAGUCAAAAAAAAAAAGAAAAGCAAGAAGCAAGAUGCUGAUGAAGGAUCGGAGGAUGAGUAUAUGAUCAAGCCAACCUCGGUGAUACCAAAACUUGACACUUCUAAAUGGCCUUUACUUCUAAAGAAUUAUGACAGAUUAAAUGUUAGAACUGGACACUACACACCCAUACCAUGUGGUAGUUCACCAUUGAAACGAUCUUUAAAAGAUUUUCUUGCAGCUGGUUUUAUUAAUCUUGACAAACCGGCAAAUCCAUCCUCACACGAAGUAGUGGCAUGGAUCAAAAAGAUCUUGCGUGUUCAAAAAACAGGACAUAGUGGAACCCUGGACCCUAAAGUCACUGGUUGCUUGAUAGUUUGUAUUGACAGAGCCACUAGAUUGGUUAAAUCACAACAGGGUGCAGGCAAAGAAUAUGUUGGUAUACUUAGACUUCAUGAUGCGAUUGAAGGAAGAGAUAAACUAGCACAGGCUUUGGAAACGCUGACAGGUGCUUUGUUUCAAAGACCGCCUUUAAUUUCAGCUGUAAAAAGACAGCUUCGUGUGAGGACAAUAUACGAGAGCAAAUUAUUAGAGUAUGAUGAAGAAAAACAUUUAGGUGUGUUUUGGAUGUCGUGUGAGGCAGGCACCUAUGUUAGAACACUUUGUGUUCAUCUUGGUUUGAUUCUUGGAGUUGGUGGUCAUAUGCAAGAAUUGCGUCGAGUACGUUCUGGAAUUCAGUCAGAAAACGAAGGGUUGGUGACUAUGCAUGAUGUUAUGGAUGCUCAGUGGGUAUAUGACAAUACAAAAGAUGAGUCUUACCUACGAAGAGUUGUUAAACCACUUGAAAGACUGUUGUUAUCUCACAAACGAUUAGUUAUUAAAGACAGUGCUGUAAAUGCUAUUUGUUAUGGUGCCAAACUUAUGUUGCCAGGUAUACUCAGAUAUGAGUCUGGUAUCGAACUUAAUGAAGACGUUGUAAUGAUGACAACAAAGGGGGAAGCCAUAGCAGUUGGCAAUGCCCUUAUGAGCACAGCUACCAUAGCUACGUGUGAUCAUGGGGUAGUCGCCAAGAUUAAACGAGUCAUCAUGGAAAGAGAUACAUAUCCAAGAAAAUGGGGUCUUGGCCCAAAGGCCAUCGAAAAGAAGAAGUUAAUUGCUUGUGGUUUGUUAGACAAGUAUGGUAAGCCAAACGAAAGCACACCAAAUGAUUGGAAAAACUACAAAAAUUACAGUCAAGUAAAUGCAGAGAAAUUAGAUGAAGAAGCAAAGGCACGCGAAGAGAACAACGCAAAUAAUAAGAGGAAACACGAAGGUAGUAGUAGUGAUGAAGAGAAAGUGAAAGUAAAGAAGGAAAAAAAGAAAAAGAAGAAGAAAGAACAAGCAGAUAAAGAAGAAGUAGAGAAUGUUGUCGUAAAGGAAGAACCAUCUAGUGGCGAUGAGAAGAAAGAUAAAAAGAAGAAGAAAAAGAAGAAGAAAGCUAAAGUAGACGAAAGCGAAUAAACAUGGAUAUGACUUGAUAUAAGCCAAGAUAUAUUUUUAACGUUUUUGUUGAGUGAACAGAAAUGUUGAAUACGCUGACAAUAUAUAGAUGUUUUUAUCCUUUACAUGUAAAUAACUUUCGUAUUAUACGAUGUGUGUUUUUUAGAUAAUCUGGAGACGUGUUAUUUUAUCAGAGUAUAAAUGUAACAUGGUUGGAACUUGUGUUUGUGUGCGAUACGCUUCAAAUUUCCUUUAUCUUCCUUUCACCAUAGUCACAAAAUGAAGGCCGAGAAAGCGCCAAGAAACUGCCACACCCUUUUUGGAAGGCACGAAACUGUUUUAGCUAAAACGUGACCAGGAAAGGGAUCCCAGCCUAAGAUUCUAAAAGUUCAAAGAUUCAUGAAAUAUCAUAAAUUCUUAUAAAUUCAAAGACAAAACUUUAGAAUCAAUCAGUCACGUGAUGUUUUUGUUUUCCAUAGCCACAUCAUAAUUUUCAAUAUCGUCUUAUUGUGUAGCGUUGUUAGUAUUUUGUUUGUGUUCAGACCUUUUUUCAGUAUGCAGGCGUGUGAUGGUGCGUGCGUGAUAUAUUUUUGACAGUAUUUUGUUUAUUUGGCGUGGCUUAAAAACUUAGACGCAUGUUUAUUUAACAAUACGUCAAAGAUUGACUGAGUUAUGUAACACAAAGAAGAUAUGAAACUAAAAUAUGAUUUUAUGAUA